GAUAGUUGUAUUAUAUUGUACCCUCUUUCCCUCCUGGUAGUUGAAGGGUGCCUGAAUUAGCAACAAAAUUUCAAAAAGUAGAGACAAUUAUUGGGUAUUACUAUACUAAUUUCUGAUGGAAAAGUGGUGUAUCGUUCGAAGAAUAAUGAACAUUAAUUUCUUGUCAACCAAGGAGAAUGGAUAUUAGUAAAUUACUUUGUUAUGAAAAAGUAGUAGUAGCAUAUAUUAUAAGAAGAAUGACAAUGACAUAUUUCUUGACAAUCACUCCAUUGUUUAGUAAUCUAAGUCAUGCUAACCCUUAUUUAAUAGACAAAUUUCUGGUAAAAGAUUAUCAACUUGUUUAAUCCUGAAUUAAAUACUUGCUUAAUCAAUCCUCUAAUAAUUUCAUCAAAUUGUUAAGUCUAAUUAUAGUCACCAAUGGAUUCAUCUGUUUCAACAGAACAACUUAGCAAGAAUGCUCUUAAGAGAGAGAAUAAGGCAAAGGAGAAGGAGCACCUGGACCUGGAAAAGAAGGCUGCAACAGUAGCUAAAAGACAAUUGGAGCAUCACAAUAUGCCUGAGAAUGAUAAUUUGGAUCCUACUCAAUACUUGGCGAACAGAUUGAGGAGCGUUGAAUUGUUGAGAGAAUCUGGAAUAAAUCCAUAUCCACAUACAUUUCACAUAACAAUUUCUAUCCCUGAAUUUAUCAGCAGAUAUGCUUAUUUAAGUGCUGGAGAGAAACUUGAGGCCAUUGAAUUUGAUAUCUCCUUAGCAGGGAGAGUAAUAAGCAAGCGAGCAUCAUCAUCAAAGCUCUAUUUCUAUGAACUGUUUGGUGGUGGGGCGAAAGUACAAGUACUGGCUAGUGCAAGGGAUUCGGAUAUGGAUGAUGUUGCAUUUCCUAACUAUCACUCUGGAGUGAAGCGAGGUGACAUCAUUGGUGUCCGUGGAUUUCCUGGGAAGAGUAAGAGAGGAGAGUUAAGUAUCUUUGCAAAAUCUUUUACAGUGCUAGCCCCUUGCCUACACAUGCUACCGAGGCGUUUGACCUCCUCUAUCGUAGAUGAAACUCAGACACAGAGUUCCCAAGGAACAGCAGCUAAUGUUACUUGGACACUGGGCGAUGCAAGAAAUCCUGAGUCGUAUGUGUUAAGGGAUCAGGAAACUCGGUAUCGUCAAAGGUAUUUAGAUCUAAUGAUGAAUCCAGAAGUUCGAACUAUAUUCAGGACUAGAGCCAGAAUCAAUUCUUACCUCAGGAGUUUCCUCGAUAAUCUUGGGUUUCUGGAGGUGGAGACUCCUGCUAUGAAUUUGACUGCUGGAGGAGCUGCAGCCAGACCAUUUGUUACUCACCAUAACGAGUUGGACACAAAACUAUUCAUGCGUGUUUCCCCCGAGCUUUAUCUUAAGAAGUUGGUUGUUGGCGGAUUUGAUCGUGUUUAUGAGAUCGGGAAGAAUUUCAGGAACGAGGGAAUGGAUUUGACUCACUGUCCUGAAUUCACGAUGUGUGAAUUUUAUAUGGCUUAUGCUGAUUACAACGACUUGAUGGAUUUGACAGAGCAGCUACUAUCAGGUAUGGUGAAGGAACUAACUGGAAGUUAUAAAAUAAGGUACCAUGCUAAUGGCUUGGAUAAUGAACCGAUAGAAAUUGAUUUCACUCCUCCAUUCAGAAAGAUUGAUAUGUUGUCGGAGUUGGAGAAAGUGGCUAACAUCAAUAUACCCAGAGAUCUUUCCAGUGAAGCUACUAAUAAAUACUUGCUAGAUGUAUGUGAAGAGUUUGAUGUCAAAUGUCCUCCACCUCAUACCACAACACGAUUGCUCGAUAAGCUAGUUGGUCAAUUUGUUGAAGUAAGCUGCAUAAAUCCUACUUUUAUUAUCAACCAUCCUGAGGUCAUGAGCCCACUGGCAAAAUCGCAUAGAUCAGAGCCUGGUUUGACUGAGCGUUUCAACUUAUUUGUUAACAGGCGAGAGCUAUGUGAUGCCUACACUGAACUAAAUGAUCCUGCAGCACAGAGAGAACGUUUCGUUGAACAAUUAAAGGAUCGACAAUUAGGAGACGACGAGGCAAUGGUUUUGGAUGAGUCCUUCAUUACCGCAUUGGAGUAUGGACUACCCCCUACUGGUGGCCUAGGCAUGGGAAUUGAUAGACUUACAAUGUUGCUUACAGAUUCACAAAAUGUCAAGGAAGUUAUCCUCUUUCCAGCCAUGAGACCACACUGAAAGAAUUUACCAAGUGGCCAGCGAUCGUGUGUUCUCUCCAUUAUUAUGAUCAUUCGAUUGACUUCAUUUGCAAUUCUACAUAAAACUUCCAAAAUCAGUUCCCAGAAUUUAUUAGUAGUAUAUCAAUGUAAACAUGAAAUGCAAUAUAUUAAAGCUUUAGUUUUUUUUUUUUUUUCUUUCCC